AUGAAUUUUAAUACUGGAUCGACAUAUGGUUAUCAAUACCAAUCAUCAUCCUACAAACAUGUUAGUUCAUUUAGUAAAGUCGAAAAAACUACACAUACAAAUUCCAAUAAUAAUCGAUUUAUAGAUGGACAGCGCAGUCAAUCUUCUCAAUGUCUACCACAUAAUGGUCCUUCUUUUUCGUCAGGCUCCAUUAUGCAUAGUGUUCCUAUGCAACCUCCAAAUUUUCCUCAACUUGGUUCUGAUAAUUGUAUAGAUGAUUUAGAAAUAUCUACAAAUACAGACUUAAAUGGUGAUGGAUUUAUUGGUGGACAACGUAGUCAACCUCCACAACAUGUAUCACAUAAUGGUUCUUCGUUUCGUUCAGGUUUCAAUGCAUAUAUCGCACCUAUGCAACCUCCAAGUUUUAUUCAAGUUGAUUCUAAUGAUUUAAUAAAUGAUUUGGAACGAUCUACAAAUACAGAUAUAGACGGUGAUGGGCUGAUUGGUGGACAAUUCAUGCAACAAUCAAAUUUUCAUCAAUCCUCAAGUGGAAAUCGAAUCAAUCAAUUAGAAAAUGCUCUCAACAUUGAUUGCGAUCGUGAUGGAUCUUUUGGUGGACAAUUUAUACAACCUCCACAUUUUCAGCCUUCUCCUAGUAGAGGUCAAAUCAAUCAAAUGGAAAAGAGAACUCAUAUUGAUUGUCAUGACGAUAGAUCACCUUCACAAAUUCCAAAUUCUCAACCAUAUCAUAAUCGCACUGAAAUUCCAGUUAUUAAUUAUUCUGCUGGUGGAGGUCGAGUUAAUCAAGUAGAAAAUAGAACUCAUAUUGAUUGCCAUGGCGGUAGACCACCUCAACAAAUUCCAAAUUAUCAACCAUAUAAUAAUCCCAUUGAACCUCCGGUUAUGAAUUAUUCUGGUGGUGAAGAUUUUGUCAAUCAAGUGGAAAACAGAACUCAUAUUGAUUUUAAUGGUGGUAGACCACCUUCACAGAUUCCAAAUUAUCAACCAUAUAAUAAUCUCAUUGAAGCUUCAGCUAUUAAUUAUUCGGCUGGUGAAGGUAUCAUGAAUGAAAUAGAAAAGAGUACUCAUAUUGAUUUCAAUGGUGAUGGGCGGAUUGGUGCAUCAUCUUCACAUAUUCCAAAUUCUCAAUCAUAUAAUGAUUCCAAUCGUCAUUCACAUUGUCAUCGUUCUGGUGGUGAAGGCGUUAUGAAUAAAAUAGAAAAGGGUACUCAUAGUAAUUUUAAUAGUGAUAGAUGUAUUGGAGGAUCAUCUGCACAUUUUUCAAGUUAUCAAUCUUAUAAUGGUUUUAACAAUUCUCCACAUUAUCAUCAACCUAGCAAUGAUGGUCUCAUUAAUGAAUUGGAGAAAAUUACACAUAUUGAUUUGAAUCGUGAUGGACAUAUUGGUGAAUAA